AUGACUGAUAUACUAUGUGCUCUACUGUUCCCUUUUUUAUACCCACCCGCCUAUCCUCGACCUCACCUGCCACGUCAGCAGAUAGACUGGCAGCCAGCCCUCUUGCUCUUCCACCAAUGGCAGCAGCGCAGGGAGGAUGGGAUGACGUCAGCAGCAGGCAAGAACAGGCAGGAGCUGACGUCAUCAACAGAAGCGCAUGACAAAUCACCUGAGAGGAAGAGGCUGAGGCAGGAGGGAGAGGGUGCGGUGGUGGUAACACCUGGGGCAACAGACACUGCUGAUGUGACACCACCUGAAGGAGCACCUGGGGGAACACCUGAAGGAGCACCUGGGGGAACACCUGAAGGAGCACCUGAGGGAACGCAUGCGGGAGGCAAGGCAGCGGCGGCGACGGCGGCGGUGGCAGAAGCAGCAGCAACAGGAAAGGCAGCAGAGAGGCAGGGAUCCGGUGGGCUGCAGUUUCGGGUGACCUGUCACCGAGUGUGCAUGAAGCAAACCAAGCACGGGUUCUCCUCCCCUGAAGCUGCUGAUUCUCCUCUCCUCUCCUCUCCUCUCCUCUCCUCUCCUCUCCUCUCCUCUCCUCUCCUCUCCGUCUCUCCUCUCCUCUUCUCUUCUCUCCCCUUCUCUCCUCUCCUCUUCUCUCCUCUUCUCUUCUCUCCUCUUCUCUCCUCUUCUCUCCUCUCCUCUCCUCUCCUCUUCUCUCCUGUCCUCUUCUCUCCUCUCCUCUUCUCUCCUCUUCUCUUCUCUCCUCUUCUCUCCUCUUCUCUCCUCUCCUCUCCUCUCCUCUUCUCUCCUGUCCUCUUCUCUCCUCUCCUCUACUCUCCUCUCCUCUUCUUUCCUCUUCUCUCCUCUCCUCUCCUCUCCUCUUCUCUCCUCUCCUCUCCUCUCCUCUUCUCUCCUCUCCUCUUCUCUCCUCUCCUCUUCUCCCCUCUUCUCUCCUCUCCUCUCCUCUCCUCUCCUCUUCUCUCCUCUCCUCUCCGCUCCUCUCCUCCCCCCUCCCCUCCUCUCCUCUCUUCCCUCCUCCCAUUCACAAUCCUCCUAGUGGAUGUGCUUGCAUGGAUCCGGGACUCCAAUCUCACUCUGCUCAUCUCACUCAUCUACACAGUACUUUCCUUCCCUUGCUGUCCAUCCCCUUCCCUUCCCAACCAUGUCUCGCCAUACCUCACUCCAUCCCCCUUCCCACCUGUGUUUUUUUCCACCUUCUCCUCCCCCCCUCGCUCCCUCCCUCUCCCUCCCCUCUCUGCUCCCCUUCCCUUUUCUUCCCCGCCUCCACCCCCCUAA